UAAGAAAUUUUCAUAAGAAAGUGGCAUAUCCGACUAAAAUCAGGGUGAAAAAAUUAGAUACAUUUUUCUACUGCUUUUCCGAGCAACCAUGGCAUGGCUGUAAAUUUACUAAAAUAAUUGGCGCUUUUCCGCAGUUAACAAAAAAUAAAGAGGAAAGAGUAGGAAAAUUCAAGCGUCUCCCAGCGCUUGAAAAAAACGAAAGGAUAAAUAAAAUAAAUUCUAAAUCUUAUCAACUUAAAAUUAAUAAAAUCGCCUUAGCCAAAGUUCAUUUAUCAGCGCCGAUUAAAAUGACUACUGAGACAUCGCCUGAUGAGCAUCAGCAACAAGAAAUACGUCUUGCACUUUCUGAAAUUCCUAGUCGUUUGGAAGCUUUACAUUUUGUCACCGCAGAUGCUAGAACGCCGGCAACUGUUCCAAAUCAUCAAGGCCGUGAUGAACCAACAUCAAUAUUUAAUUCUUAUUCACCACAUUUGGAUAACAUUACGAAUAUAGCAUUAUUUCAUAAUGAAGAUCAAACACCUAUGCCAUCACCAGAUGAAAUUAUAAUAAGUCAACGAGGUCGUCGUCGUUUCAAUAAUGGCUCGUCACCUGAUUCCGGUAGUACACCCCUGCGUAUGCCUUUCCAACGAACUCCAACAAAAGUACCAUUAAGUACCAGCAUGAUAUUACGCAGUUCGCCACGAAAGCGUCUUACCAUGGGUAGUACGCCACCGGAACCUGAACCAACUGUAAUGCCUUCUCCAACAAAACCAAGGCAGCGAUUAUGGCGUCAGGGUCUGCCGCCAGCAAAGAAAUUACGUAUGAUCGAAGAAGGUGGUAAACCUAUUGCACAGUUGAAUGAGGAAACGCCGUUAUCAUUGCUGCUACAAGGUAUGUCGCAACAACAACUUAUAAGACUAAUAGUGGGAGAUCUAGUUGCUGGUGAUGCUGAAACUGAACUUCGUUUACGUACACGCCUUCCUAUGCCAGAUAUAAAUCCGAUGGAAGAGGAAUUGUUGCAUGCUAAGAGACAAAUAUUUCGAUCGCUACCGACCUCUCGCCUUUGUAAGAAAACCGAUAGCAGCGCCUAUUCGCGUGCUGCGCUGCAUCUCAAUGAGUUUAAACGCCUGCUUACCGCUCAUACCAAACAGUUGUACGAUUCUGCAAAUUGGGAUGCAUUACUGGAUUAUGUGACGAUGGCUUGGCCAAUUUUACGCGCUACACCACACUGGGACAGCGCAACACAUAAUGUAACGCGUCGUCAAUGCUUCAAACUGUUGGCUUGUCAUUGCUUGGCGGCAGUAAAAAAUGGUGGACCACUUUUGGGAAUGGUGCGCUUGCAGGCAACUGAUAAAAAUUUACGAGAUUGGGCGCGCGAUUUCGAUGAUAUUCAAUCUUGUCAAAGCGCACUAAGCAAAGCCAUUUCCAAGGGGCGUGCAACGCUUUAGUAUAUUUCUGCUAUACUGUUUGCUAUAAGUAGUUGUAGGAUUUAGUAACGUAACUCUUAGGACUUAAGAGCAUGUUUAUUAUUUUUAAUAACUUCUUUUUAAAGGUUUUAUUAAUGUACUGAAAUUUACAAAUGUUUAGAUUAUUUUAAAGUUGCCAUAUAUUUUAUGUAAUUCUCGAAAGCUGGAUAAAGCAUUUUAUUGUGAUCUUAAAGACAAGUGAAAAAACAUAAUCACAAAAUUAACAUAAAUUAAAAAUUUGCUAUGUGUUUACAUAUAUUGUAUAACAUUUGUAGAUAUCCCAGCAUUCAUUAGUCGCGUCAGCAUACAAUUCUUUUAUUUUGCUCUUUAAGAUUUAAACUUUUCUCCCGCAUCGAAAGAUUUUUUGUUAAAUGUACAUUUAUGUAUUUUUUUUUUAUUAUUUCUCAUAUGGUUUUCGCUACUCAAUAUUUUUAUAUUAUAUAUUUUACUGUGUCGUCAAUUAUAUUGCAUGCAUAUUUUACUCUUAUGCUUAAGCACAAAAUUUUUUACGCCUAUAUUCGGUAUUAUUAUUAUUAUUAUUAUUAGUAUUUCUAUAUUUCUAAGUAAAAAUAUAAUGUGCAUGGUUAUACUCUUAUUCCCUGUGAGAGUUAAGGAGUAUCCCAAGGUACUGAUAUGUAUAUGUAUAUAUACAGGAAUAAAUAUUUUAGUUAUCAUAAAUCAUGUCAUACUCAUACACACAA